UAGAAAGAUUUGGUGUGCUCAACAACUCCCAUCUAUCUAACGACACAGCAAACACAGAAAUGAAUUCCUCAUACCUGGAUGAUAUGGUGACAAGGCUGAUGCGGAAUGUGAUUCAGGGCAACUGGGAAGAAGUUGCCAACAUAUACCAACAACAUCCAGAAGCUCUUCUUACUAAGAUCAACCAAUCAGAAGAUACGGCUCUACACAUAGCUAUUUCUGAUGGCAAUGCCGACAUAUUUGCAGAGCUGGUUUUAAGAACUGUCAUCCGUACCAGCCCCGAAGCCCUGCGAUUCCAGAAUCAGCUUGGGAACACACCUCUCCAUCUUGCGGCCUCUCUGGGCAACGUCAAGAUCUGCGAGCUCAUGGCAUCUACAGACUCACGGCUCAUCGGGAUACGAAACAGGAAUGGUGAAACUCCCUUUUUUCUUGCUGCUCUCAAUGGCAGAAUGGAAGCGUUUCUUUGCCUGCAUUACUUGUUGAGAAGUGGAGAAGGUUAUGAGUAUUGUAGGAGAAAAAAUGGAGAGACGAUUCUCCAUUCUGCCAUCUCCAGAGAAUAUUUUGAUCUAGCGUUUCAAAUAAUUCAUCACUAUGGGAAGCUUGUAAACUGGGUGGACGAGCAGGGGCGCACACCACUGCAUAUUCUUGCAAGGAAGCCAUAUGCCUUCAGAAGUGGAAGCGAUAUCAGAGGUUACCAAAAACUCAUUUAUCAUUGUAUAUAUGUUGAUGAGCUUCGGCCAUCCAGUUACCAGGUACAGGACAUUCGACAUGGAGAAAAUGCUAAGUAUCCGGCCAACUGCCAGACCUGCGUAAACUUCAGCCUUUGUCUGAGGGGUAUAAUGAGGAUGCUGACUUGUUUAAGACCAAAGAGACAGCAAGCAGAUGCAGAGCUACAGCGAUCUGAUCAUGAACAAGCACAAGGAUCAAGCAUGUCCCAAGAUGAAGGAAUACAAUUGCUUCCCGCCAACUCUCUCGGAUGUUUUCACUGUCUCCAAGUUGUAUCCAAAGUGAUGCUGGUAAUCCUUGGCUUGGGAUCCGCGAGAAGAAUAAAAAUGUUUCAGGAAAAGCAGAGGCAUAUCUGGUCCAUCCAAAUCAUGGAAAAAUUGCUAGAGAAGGCUUCUCCGCAAGUCUACACAAUCAAGGGGGAAACACCAAUACUUGUCGCCGCAAAGAAUGGUAUAAUAGAAAUGGUGGAAAAGAUACUUGACCUCUUUCCUGUGGCCAUCUAUGACAUGAACGUUGAGAAGAAGAAUAUUGUUCUGCUUACAGUGGAAAAUCGGCAGCCUCAACUUUACACAUUCUUAACCCGCCGGAAAACAAUGAGAGAAGCCAUAUUCCGCCAAAGGGACGCCCAUGGAAACACUGCUUUACAUCUUGCUGCCAUGCUGCCGGCAGAUACUAUUCGACCGUGGCCCGUCCCAGGUGCUGUAUUGCAGAUGCAAUGGGAAAUUAAGUGGUAUGAGUUUGUGAGGGAGUCGAUGCCGUUCGACUUCUUUUUCCGAUACAAUAAUGAAGGCCAAACCGCAGAGGAUAUAUUCAGCAAAAGCCAUGAAAGCCUGCUCAACGAGGCUGGCAAGUGGCUGAGCAGCAUCUCCCAGUCCUGCUCCGUGCUAGCCUCUCUCGUUGCAACCGUAGCAUUCACUAGCUCCACCACCGUUCCCGGCGGAGUCAGGUCGGAGAGCGGCAUCCCAACCCUGGAAGAUAAACCAGCCUUUACCGUGUUCGCCAUCUCCUCAGUCAUUGCGCUAUGCUUCUCUGUCGCGUCACUCUUGAUGUUCUUGGUGAUUCACACCUCCAGGUACCAGGAGAAAGACUUCAGCAAGUACCUGCCGAUGAGGCUUCUACUGGGCUCAAUAUCUCUUGUGGUCUCUGUAGUUUCUAUGUUGGUGUCAUACUUUGCUGGGCACUCCUUUUUGCUCAACAAUAAGCUCAAAAAUGCCGCCUUCGCGGCGUAUGCUGUAAUUUUCUUGCCGGUGACCCUUUUCGCCGCCCGACGGAUCCCAUUUUAUAUUGGUCUUGUGUUGCUUACAUUUAGGAAGGUCCCAAUUAGGAAGCCGCCGGAAAGGAAACACAAGUAAUUAUUCCAAUUUUCUUGGAGAAUCCUUUUCCAAAACAACGCAGGUCAUAUGAUACACAUGUAAUGAUGAUACCUUUUAUUUCCGUUUUGAUCCCACUCUUUUAAUAAAAAUUUGCAACUUAUUCUCAAACCUCCAUUCACUGUCAAGUUUGAAUGAAAGAAUGAAGA